GCGUGUGUUUAUGGAUAGCUUGUUGUUAGCCGGAUAGCUAGCUGCUGAAGUGCAACUUACGUUCUUGUUUCCUUCAUGAGCUUGAGCAAAACAUUCUUACGUUUAGGUUUUUAACCAGGUGACAUGGAUGUCGGAGAGCUUCUGAACUAUCAGCCUGAUAGAGGAGCAAAGCGUCCCAGGGGGGAGGAUGGAGGAGCAGCGGGAGGAGAUGAGGACUCCAGAGGGGGGAAGCAGCAGAAAGGGCUGAGUGCCAGGGAGCUGGCCAGAUACCGGGAAGCAGCAGGAAUGGAAGGAGGGGGCGAAAUGAGGGACACCGAGGAGCUAACUGGGGACAAGAAGAGGAUCCUGGAGAAACUGAUGGACCAGGAUGAAGACGAACCUGAGACAGAGCCCGUGGAUGAGAGUUCAGUGAAGAAAAUGAUCCUGACCUUUGAGAAAAGGUCGUACAAAAAUCAGGAACUGAGGAUUAAGUUUCCGGACAACCCAGAGAAGUUCAUGGAGACGGAGCUCGAUCUGAACGACAUUAUCCAGGAAAUGCACGUGAUCGCAACAAUGCCAGACCUCUACCACCUGCUGGUGGAGCUUAACGCCGUCCACUCCCUGCUGGGCCUCCUCAGUCAUGAAAACACUGAUGUUGCCAUAGCAGUGGUGGACUUGCUGCAGGAGCUGACGGAUAUCGACACACUGCAGGAGAGCGAGGAAGGUGCUGAGGUACUCGUGGACGCUCUGUUGGAGGGUCAGGUGGUGGCCUUACUGGUGCAGAAUAUGGAGCGGCUGGAUGAGCAGGUGAAGGAGGAGGCUGAUGGCAUCUAUAACACACUGGCGAUCACGGAAAAUAUGUCCGAGUUCAGACCGGGCCUGUGCACCGAGGCGGCUCAGCAGGGACUCAUGCAGUGGCUGCUCAAGAGAAUCAAGGCAAAGAUGCCGUUUGAUGCUAACAAGUUGUACUGCAGUGAAAUCCUGGCCAUCUUGCUGCAAAACAAUGACAAUACCAGAGAGUUAUUGGGAGAGAUGGACGGCAUUGAUGUGUUGCUGCAGCAACUAUCUGUGUUCAAGCGCCACAACCCGUCCACAGCCGAGGAGCAGGAGAUGAUGGAGAACCUCUUCGACUCUCUGAGUUCCUGCCUCAUGCUGCCAGCCAAUCGGGACCGCUUCCUCAGAGGGGAGGGGCUUCAGCUGAUGAAUCUCAUGCUCAGAGAAAAGAAAAUGUCUCGAACCAGUGCGAUGAAGGUCCUGGACCAUGGGAUGAUUGGACCAGAGGGAGCAGAUAACUCUCAUAAGUUUGUGGACAUCCUGGGCUUGCGGACCAUCUUUCCUCUUUUCAUGAAAACCCCCAAGAAGAUGAAGAAAGCCGCUGCUUCAGAGAAGGAGCAUGAAGAACACGUCUGCUCCAUCAUCGCCUCCAUGCUGAGAAAUCUCAAGUCCCAACAGAGAAGCCGACUCCUCAACAAGUUCACAGAGAACGACUGUGAGAAGGUUGAUCGACUGAUGGAGAUGCAUUUUAAGUACCUGGAGGCUGUUCAACAGGCCGACAAGAGGAUCGAAGGAGAAAAACAUGAGAUGGUUCGUCGGGGGGAGAUCCUAGAUGAAGGCAUAGAGGAUGAGUUCUACCUUCGCCGCCUGGACGCCGGACUGUUCGUCCUUCAGUUGAUCUGCUAUAUUAUGGUGGAGAUCAGCAACUCUGGGAUAUCACAGCUGCAGCAAAGGGUCCAUCAAAUUCUGAACCUAAGAGGAGGCUCUGUCAAAGUAGUGCGACACAUCAUGAGAGAGUACGCUGAGAGCAUCGGAGAUGGGAAGAGCGACGAGUUCAAAGAGGCUGAGCGGAAGAGGAUCAUGGACCUUGUAGAAAAUUUCUAAUCUCGCUUUCUCUCUCUCGCGCUCUCUCACACACACACACACACACACACACACACACACACACACACACACACACACACACAAUAUAUCACGAUGGUGACCGUGAGCCAGUCUAAGAACUAAAGUCUUCUUCUGUAACAUUCUAAACCAACUACAGCCACUGAGUGUGUGUACAUGCACAGCAAUACUGCGGCUACUGGACUAGAGUUGUUUUCAUGGUUCAAAGAAAUGUCGUGUUUUUAAAUAACCUGGUUGACUUUGCCUGCAUCUUUGGCAUCCAACCGUUGGGGGGGGGGGGGCGGAAAGGGAAUCUGAAAUUGUCAGAUUGUAAUUAAUUUGUAUUUUUGUAAUGAAUUCAAUUGAAUUCAUCUCAAAAGCACAAUCUGUGUGCCAGAUGCAGGGUUAGAAUGAAAUGUUUCCUGUGCGUGUCAUGCUGCUCACUGUAGAAAAAGUUGGAGUUGAGUUUGGAGAGCAGAAGCUCGACUGAAUCUCUCAGAAGCACUCGCAGCUGCAGAAAUGUUUAUUUUCCCUCCCGCGGUGUCGAACCCUGCAGAAUAAUUACAGACGACUCUGCAAACUCAAUAUCGAUCCCUCGGCUCUACCGCUUCACCCCGUGUGUUUGUUUUGGAUUCACGUGCAAGAUAUGUUUUUUGUUUUUUAUAAUAAAACCUUUGCUGAUAAAAAUCCCGAUUGCUUGUUUGGUUUGUUUGAUUAAUGUCACGCUUUAGGGAGUAUUGCACACGCAACUCAUUACGCCUUCGCUUGGUUACCGGUGCGCAGAAGCACAGAUGGAGACAACAAACCCAUGUCUGUAGCUUGCUUUGCACACACACACACACACACACACAGAGAGUGAGAGAGAGAGAGAGUGUGAGAGAGUGUGUGUGUGAGUGUGAGAGUGUGUCUGAGUCCGCGCAGACACAGCAGCCUCCCAGCAGCCUCCCGGAGCUCUCAGCCCACUGCUGGCUUUGUCUUUGUGACGCUGCUCACACACAUCUGUGCGGAGGUGUGUUAUGGCACGUGUACACAAACAAACCUACUGUGUCAUUCUGUGCACAAAUACUUCACUGUAUCUCUGCCGUCUUUGUGCUUAAGAGCAAAUAAACAUUCCCAAUUA